GGGUCGCCGUUCCCUGCGGCUGGAGCGGGCCCGGCCGGUGACCGCCGUGUCCCGCCCUCGGCAGGCAUGUGGUCGGUGCUGUGGGCGGCCGUGCGCUCCAAGGCCCCGUACGUCACCUUCCCGGUGGCCUUCGUGGUGGGGCUGGUGGGCUCCCAGCUGGAGUGGUUCCUGCGCGGAGACCCCCCGGCCACGGCCCAGGAGGAGAAGAGCAUCUCGGAGCAGCGGGAGGACCGCAAGCUGCAGGAGAUCGUGGGCGAGGACGUGACCAAGGUGGUGAGCCUGAAGGACAAGCUGGAGUUCGCCCCCCGAGCCGUGCUCAACAGAAACCGCCCCGAAAAGAGUUAAUAAAGGGUGAUUUGGGCAAAGGCCGUGCCCCGGAGCGGCUGCUGGGGGCUCCCCUGACACUGCACUGCUUCCACACCAGCCUCCCUCCUGCACCUGCUGCUCCUCGCCCUCCCGGGCCCUCUCAGGGUCAGGUUUGCCCACCCCAUGGAUUUGCUCAAGGUUUGAUUUCUUCCAUGGUGUGGAGGUAGAAGAGCUUUGGACCUGAGUGCCAUGGGAUGGGGUCAGGCUGACUGCCAAUGACAGGAGGAACUGCUGCUCUGCUUGAUGAACCCCAAUACAGCCCCACGCCACAGGGUUACUCCAGCAGCCAUGGAGCCCUCUGAGGAUCCCCUCCCUGCAUCAUCCCUCCCAGGAACGGUGACAGGGGGACGUGAAAGUCCUCGUCCUGCUCUGUUGUGGUGCUCUGAGCGUGGCAGUGUGUUGGGAAUGGGGAGAUCUCUGCCCUCUGCACAAUAAACUUCUGUCAGUC